GGGAGGGAAAUUAAUAGGCUGCCCAUUGUUACCGUGUGCUCUUGCCAGGAUAUUUCAUUAGCGUAAACACUGAACCCGUUGUCAUCUCGUUCAGCCACUUGACCCCGGUGAUUUUCAAUUCCGCCUGUGCCCAUGAUGAAGUGCAGCGGUGGCACGCUGGAGACAGGCAGUAAUUAUUGGAAGCAGAAUCAUUGCUGACCCAGUACGAGAUUAACUGCUCCUUUGCAGGCUUUAUUCCGGGACAUUAGCACUGUCUGCUUAUCUUGCUUCAGUUGAGAGGUUCAGGACAAAAGCACUGCUGAUGGUAAUGUUGCCAAUUUCCCUGUUUGUUUUGCAGGUCACGGCCAGGGGCUUCGGGCCACUGCUACAGUUUGCCUACACCGCCAAGCUGUUACUCAGCAGAGAAAACAUCCGCGAGGUCAUCCGCUGCGCCGAGUUCCUGCGCAUGCACAACCUGGAGGACUCGUGCUUCAGCUUCCUGCAGACCCAGCUCCUGAGCAGCGACGAUGGCCUGUUCGUGUGUCGCAAGGACGCCGCGUGCCCGCGGCCGCACGACGCCCGCGAGAACUCGGCGGGAGAGGAGGAGGAAGAGGAGGAGGAGACGAUGGAUUCCGAGACAGCCAAGAUGGCUUGCCCCAGGGACCAGAUGCUUUCAGACCCCAUCGGCUUUGAGGGUGGUGGCGCCAUGCCGGUAGCUGAGAAGGGAGAGGCAUUGCUGCGCGAGUCGGAUGUGCCCCCGGACACCAAGGAGAGCUCAGAAAAGGACACGCUGACGCAGUACCCCAGAUACAAGAAGUACCAGCUUGCAUGUACCAAGAACGUCUACAACGCAUCAUCUCACAGUACCUCAGGUUUUGCAAGCACAUUCGGUGAGGACAACUCUGGCAGCAGGCUCAAGCCAGGGCUGGCCGUGGGGCAGAUCAAAAGCGAGCCGCCCAGCGAGGAGAACGAGGAAGAGAGCGUCACGCUCUGCCUGUCCGGGGAUGAGCCCGACGCCAAGGACAGAGUGGGGGACGUGGAGAUGGAGCGCAAGCAGCCCAGCCCCGCCCCGGCUCCCAGCGCCCCCACAGGCGCCACCUGCCUGGAGAGAGCCAGGGGCGUGGCGUCGCCCUCCUGCCUGCGCUCUCUCUUCAGUAUCACAAAAGGUGUGGAGUUGGCUGGCCUGCCCAGCACAUCUCAGCAGCACUUUGCCAGGAGUUCGGCGUGCCCUUUCGACAAGGGGAUCACUCAGGGUGACCUUAAAACUGACUACCCCCCUUUCGCGGGCAGUUAUGGACAGCCCCCUGCGGGCCAAAAGGACUCUUCUGCUUUCCCCAUGGGCUCGCCCCUCCGGGGGCCUGGGUUGGAGGCCCUCUGUAAGCAGGAGGGCGAGCUGGACCGGAGGAGUGUGAUCUUCUCCUCCAGUGCGUGCGACCAAGGGAGCACCACGGUGCAUCAGUAUUCCGGGGUGAGCAGUUUGGACAAGGACCUGUCCGAGCCAGUGCCCAAGGGGCUCUGGAUGGGAGCCGGCCAGUCCCUGGCCACCUCACAGGCCUAUUCCCACGGUGGGCUGAUGGCCGACCACCUGCCAGGAAGGAUGCGGCCCAACACCAGCUGCCCGGUGCCCAUCAAAGUGUGCCCUCGCUCACCCCCACUGGAGACCAGGACCAGGACUUCCAGCUCUUGCUCCUCCUACUCCUACGCAGAGGACGGGAGCGGGGGCUCGCCCUGCAGCCUCCCUCUCUGCGAGUUCUCCUCCUCACCCUGUUCCCAGGGAGCCAGAUUCCCUGCCACGGAACACCAGGAGCCAGGCCUGAUGGGAGAUGGCAUGUACAACCAAGUGCGACCCCAGAUUAAAUGUGAGCAGUCUUACGGAACCAACUCCAGCGACGAAUCCGGAUCGUUCUCGGAAGCAGACAGUGAGUCGUGUCCUGUGCAGGACAGGGGCCAGGAGGUCAAACUUCCUUUUCCCGUAGACCAGAUCACAGACCUUCCCCGGAACGACUUCCAGAUGAUGAUUAAGAUGCACAAGCUAACCUCAGAACAGUUAGAGUUCAUUCACGACGUCCGAAGGCGCAGCAAGAACCGCAUCGCGGCCCAGCGCUGCCGCAAGAGGAAACUGGACUGUAUUCAGAACCUAGAAUGUGAAAUCCGCAAAUUGGUGUGUGAGAAGGAGAAGCUAUUGUCAGAGAGGAACCAGCUGAAAGCGUGCAUGGGGGAACUGCUGGACAACUUCUCCUGCCUCUCCCAGGAAGUGUGCCGAGACAUCCAGAGCCCCGAGCAGAUCCAGGCCCUGCACCGCUACUGCCCCGUCCUCAGACCCAUGGAUCUCCCUGCAGCCUCCAGUGUUAGCCCUGCGCCCCUGGGCGUCGAGCAGAGCCUUGCAGCCUCCCAGUGUGCGGCUGGGGAAGCCGCACCCUGCUGCUUGGAUCCCGGUGCCGCUCCCCCGGGGCCCUCCUGGGUGCCCAGCACCACCUCGGAGAACUGCACUUCUGCGAGAAGGCUGGAAGGCGCGGACGCGGGCACCUUCUCUGAGCGAGGCCCUCCCCUUGAACCCAGAAGCCAAACGGUGACCGUGGACUUCUGCCAGGAAAUGACUGACAAGUGUACAACUGACGAGCAGCCCAGGAAAGAUUACACCUCGUGACUCGGCUCUGCCACCCGGUCCUCACGGGCGCCGGUCACCUGUGGUCUGGAAGAACCGAGAAGGAAUUUGGUGCACACUACAGCAGUUUCAGCAGCAAUACUGUUCCGAAGUAGGCCCUCCUCUGUUUGAGCAGGAGUGACAGCUAGUGACCUGAUUCACAAUGGUGCUACCCCUUGCCCCGGCGAGGAAGACAACAGUGCUGUCUGUCUGUCUCGGCUUCAUUUCAGUCUUCACAGGGAUAGACGAUUAACACCUCUAGGACCCAGCCUCGGAUUUUUUUUCUCAGUGGCCCAUGUCACAAACCGUAUCUCAGGAAUUUCUUCUGAAUGUUCAAUUUUUUUCAUUGAAGACAGCUUCUAUACACAUCAAAGUUUUAUAGCUAGACUGUACAUAUUAUAUAUAAUAUAUAUAAAAUAUAUAUAUCUCUCUCUCCAUAUGCAAAAGUCCUGCAUGCCUCAAUUUUCUCAUCCUGAAACUGGAAAUGUCAUUUCUCAGUUCUCAACAGGUUCCAACAUUCCUCUUCUUUUUGUCUCUGAUGCUACACCUCGUUUGCUAACUGUUAACAUGGUCAAUUUUUUCCCUUGCUUCACGGUUCAAUUUGUACUUAUUUAUGGAUGAAAUUCAAUGUUGGAAGCUCUUUUCAAAAUUUUAUUUCAGGCCUUUUUUUUCCUUUCGUUUGGUUUGGGCACCACCAGAUGGUGUCAUUUGAGCAUUGUGGGUUUGUUUUUUGGAUUUUUUUUUUUUCUUGCAGAUACUGUACAGUAACGGUCAACUUUGCCACUUGCACUGAGUUUUGGGUCAAACCUAUUUUCUUAAAUGAAGUUGUAACUUCAGUAUAACUCAAGUAUACUGUAUAUUCUUUGCUUUUUAGUUAAAAGGUAAAACAUUUUAGCUAAUGAAAAAGCACUCAGGUGAUAAUUAUGUAGGAAAAACAAUCUUGCCAAAUAAUGACUUCAUCCUAGGAUGUGUAGACAAUAAUCUGCUUGACUAUUUUUAUAUUUCACCUCCUCCCCACCUGUCCCUAAGUCCAGUUUAAAUGCAGAUAGAGUUCAGAGUUGAUACUGGAUGUUCAGAUUUCUAAGUGGGGAGAGUUUGGACAUCUCACUCCAAAGUGCAUCAGAGUAGCAGAAUCCAUGAUUUCCUACCAGAACUCAGCAGGCGUUGGCUCCUAGAAAUCAAGUCAGAACUGCCUUCUCACCAGGGAGUCAGGCCCUUCGGUUCCACACUUCCCCAGGACCUGCCUUGCUCUUGGAAGUGUUAGGCAGUGAGUCCUCCUCCUCUGAAGGCCGAGGCUCACCAACCCCUCUCUCCUACCCCGGAGCAGAGCGGCCUCCCAGGACAUCCCACAGGAGGGGAUUCAAAUCUGAAUGAAUCCCAGCCCCAGACGCCUGCCCCUAAGAGGCGGCACUCGGGGUUAACGCGGCUUACCCAGUAUAGGAGAGAGCAGGGCGGAAUGGAGCCCAGCUCCAUCCCUGACGCAGGCUAAUGCAUUUCUUUCUCCUUUCUGCCUCCAAACGCUUUGAGUUGUAGUCUGCAGGUCUCUCGUCUGAAGUCAGCUUCCUUCUGAGGCUUUGGACAAGAUACCGCCAGGAGCCCUCCCUGCCCCUCUUCCCCAAACACACUCCCCUCUCCCACCACCCCCCAUCCUCACCUGAUGCUAAUUUUCUUCUCUUGCUGCAAAAGGGGUUGGCUUGCAACCCAGAAGAGCAGCUUCUCUUGGCUCUGGCGGAGGGGGGGACGUGCGGGCCCCUGGCCACGUUUACAGGAAGGUGUGCCCCGAAGGAGGGGGCCUCAGCUCCCUCCCUCCAGUGGUCCCUGCCUUGCUGUGCAGCCCGAGGCCUGCUCCAGCCUGGCUGUGGAAGACAGUCCAGAAAGGUUUGAUGUGGGGGUGGGGUGGUGGGCAGUGGGGACUAGAUGGUUGACUUCGUUUCUUUAUUUGUGCCAUUGUUUGGACAAUAUUAAAGCUGCAUGUAAAGGGGAAAUUAGUAUAUGAUUAGUAGGCAAAAAGUGAAAUCAUAGUAACAUGUUUUAGUAUUAUUAACUUUUUUCUGUACAAAUAUUAGCGCUAAAUGUUGAAAUAUGUAUGAAUGCCAGAAAUUUGUUGGUUCAUGCAGUAGGAUUUUUUUUUUUAACAAAAGGCUUUUCUUUUUUGAAUAGUUCCACUUGGAAAGCCUGCCUCUGGGUUUCUGGUCUCUCUCACGUGUGUGUGUACGUGUGUGCGCUUGUCUGAGACGGAUUGUGAUGGAGCUCUGUUUCCUUAUGGUUGGUGAGUGGAGCGUGUUGGCCUCAUAGAAUGGUUCUGUGCUACCCUGUGAGGUUUGCCUUUAUGGAGAACUGGUGACAGCGGCAAUGAAAACGCAGUGUGAAUCCCGUGGUAGCUCAGAAGGCCUGUGCUGGGGCGGAGGAGUCGGCGGACAGUAUUGUGUGUUUCUAACUCUGGUUGCCUUGUUGUCAGUGACCUCUGCUUUUCGUUUUGUAAAGGAAUGUUUUCUGCUCAUACCAUAACCAGGUCCACACCAGCUCGUUGGCUUGAUUUACCCUGGUCGCAACACACAUGCAACUGGUCGUGCUGGCCACGGAGCGUCCUCUUCCCCCUUUCCUGUUCAGUGGCCCAAACCUGUGUGGCAGGCAGCCUUUCGUGGAGGCCAGGGGUCUCUUGACCUCUCCCCACCCCAAGGCAGUCCUCCUCUUCCUCCUCCUCCUCCCACCAUCCUCCGCCUCCCUUUCUUCUUCUUCUUCUUCUACCCGGUCCCUGCCAUUGGAACUGGUGAAAACAUUACUCUUUCAACUUCUUAGGGAUUGUUAAUAAGUUACUCACUGUCCAUCAUGAACAGCGACUGGCUUCGUGCAGUUGUCCGUGUGACGUGUUGGUGUCUUUGGCCAUUCCGAACCAUGUGCUUGGCUGAAUUGUUUCUGGGUUAAUUCAAAGGGAGGACUCGCCAGGGACCAGAAUCCAAAAUUGCCUCAAGUGAGAUGGAAAAGCCCAGCCUGUCUCCUUUCCCUAGGUUCCCGUAGUUAACCCACUGCCUUUUCUGACAAGGAACAAGCCAGCGGACAGCGAGCAAUUCCAGUUUUCCAGUGUGGUGACACUCAGUUGGAUUUUUAAGGGUCCUUCCUUGCCGUGAACUGUUCAGGAGGGUCCCCAGGAGAGCCUUGGUUGGGUCUCCAAGUGGCAGGGGUAGGAAUAGGCCUAGGGGCAGAGCCAGUGGAGUUGCUCCUAAGACUAAUAAACCUCCCACCGAGAGCAGUCCUCCCCUUGGAUCUGCCUUUGUCCUUGUGUCUGCACACAGCCUCCCGCUGUUCAGGUUGGGCAGGCCUUGGGCAGGUGCGUGCUUUGCUGUCUGUGUUUGUUUCUCUGCGUUAUCUGGGGUGCCUUGAAUAAAAUCGAACUUCAUGACACGCUGAUUCUGGAACAAAACCAUUGCAAAAAAAAAAAAAAAAAAAAACUGUUUGAAAAGCUGCAAAGUUACUUCGGCCAUUCUGCUACUUCUCUCUUCCGGGUACCCUACCAAUGACUCAGGCGUCACAGGGGAUGCUGCCGUAGAGAAUGUUAUUUUAUAUGUUGUGCAAGUAAUUUAUUAACUGUCUUUCUAAGGUAUGCUGCUCUUAAGAUGCACUAUCAUUAGGGAUAUAAUCCUUAUGUUGCUUUUCCAAGGAAGCAAAAAAAAAAAAAAAAGUUAGUGCUUACUAUGCCAACUGCCACUUCUCCUUAAAAAGGAGUUUGGGGACCAACCACAGGACUUGCAUGAAGGGACUGGCUGCAGUUAAACUUGCACAAAGUGAGGUUACAUGCUGUGGUCAGAAGGCGCGAACACACGUUGUCUUCUCAUAAAUUAGGAUCACCUUGAAAGGUUAAGGAAGAGAAACAACAAAUAAAAGUCUGGGAACGAUGAGCCUUUUAAGAAAAGUCCUUCCCCAGGAAGCUGCUCUGCCUCCCACGGAACAGCAGCGUCCCCUCCCAAUGAGUCACAGCCUGCAGGGCUGUUUCAGGUCCCUAUUUGGCUGCCUGUGUCUAUGUAUUCCCCAUGCGGAGUAGGAGCUGCUCCACAAGUGACCUCAAACUGCUUCACUAGCGCUCGCAGCGUAGGUCUACAAGGGAGCAAGAGUCAAGUUUUGUCCUCAAAUCGCUGUCCAUAGACAAAAACACAAGAUUUUCUUUUCAAAGAAUAAAGCUGUUCAUGGUAUCCAUUUUCCCCCAAAUUGAAGAGUUUGUUGUUAGAUUCCAUUUCUAGCGAGUUGGUUCGUCAUGCAGCACCCUGUGUGGAGUUGGUGGCCACGCAGGUCGUCUCUGUGUGCACGGAGGCAUUCAGUGUGCAGAAUGUAUGUUUAUAAUACUGCCCGAGCCACCCAGGACCCAAGCAUCAAAGGCUGAUGCUGUCGAGUAGAGUAUAUUGGUACACAGAUAGUGUGUGCCAAUAGUAUUUGUACAUAGAGAAGACUUAUUGUGGCAGAUUGAGAUUAAAUUAAUCAACCGACGGUGCAAAAACGUUACUUGCAAAAAUAAGUGUAUAGUAUUUUCCUAUGCUCCACCCUGGGAGAUGAUAUUUAUACCACGUGAACAUCGGUGCAUUUUCAUUGUCGAAUGAAAAUGACGCUGCCACUUUGUGAAGAAUACCCACUUGGCUGCAGAGGCCAGCUUGCGUAGCUUUGAUUUCGCGUUGUGACAUGGUGUAUGCAUUUCACCCUCAAGCAAUGGAAAAACAACUCUGACUUUCACUUUCAUUCCAGUUUAUUGACCUCAGAGAAAACAGUGGCCCUUCGUGGAAGCAGAAGUGCACUGAGACCUUUCAUUUCAGGUAGACUUGCAUUCAGUGCCACAUGCUCCCGGUGGGGACCAUCAGCUGUGUUUAUCAGGAAAGCGUGAAGGGACUUGGCAAAGAAGGGGUUUCGUACAACUUGAUGCUAAGUCCUCUGCCAAAACAUGUGUGGAGGCAGAGUGGUGACCCCCCCCCCACACACACACACAAACACUUGAAUCCUAAUGAUGCAUUUCACAUGCGCGGAUGCCAGGUGCACGCCCACACACUCUUGACGUAGAAGACCUGGCACUUGAGGUGAGAGAGCAGGAAGACUGGAAAUGCAUGUGGGAGCUUCAGGUGCUUGUUAGACGCAGCGAGCCAUUCAAGGCAAGCGCCAUCUUUGCUUGUGAGGCCAGCGGGGGCCUGUGAGCGUUUGUUCCAGAACCAGUCUGACUCAAGUGCACCUCUAAUAAAUGCCUUACAAACUCCAGAGGCCAUAUUCAAAACAGGGUCUUCUCAGUGUAUGCAAGGGGCUGCAGCCCCUCUCCUCCUCCUCCCCAGGCCGAACAAUACGGACAGUUUUCACACAUAUCUACCUGUAUAACCCUCUGUACCUCUCAUAACUGGUCAACGACUGUAACAGGUUACAUCAGGUGUUUUUCUACAUACUUUUUACACAGAUUCUAUGCGAUUAACGUAACUUAAUUCAAUGCAUCAUUUUAUUGUACUAGUUCUUAGGCUUGUCAUUUUUUUUUCUAAGUGAUUGUGGUUUUUCUUGUGGUUUUUAUUGUAAAAAUGAAAUGGCUGUUGAUGCUUAUUCUCUGUAAGAAUUUUUACCUUUUGGGGUUGGGGGGAAAGCAUUGCUAUGAACUAAUGAAUUGAAACUUCAUUUACUCAUUGUAAAUACACUAUUGUGCAAAAAAAAAAAUUCACCCAAUUGAAUUGCUAGUGUUAACUGAAUUUUGUCUAGACACCAUUUCUGUUGAUGAAAUAAAGACAUAUCAUUAUGCAUUGUAAA